AUGCUUGGUGAUGAGGACUACAAUACAACAAUGGAUCGGGAUUAUGUUGAAGAAGACACUAUAGUAAAAAAAAGAGAUGAUGAUAAUUUUGUUGAAGAUGCAAAAGCCAAAAAAAGAGAUGCUGCUGCUGAUGAGAUAUACGAGAUUCCAAGCGGCGCCGAGGAAAUGUUAGCGUAUUCAAUUGAUAUGAUGAGCAACGCAGCGGAUGCGAUAAAACCGUUCCUACCAUUCAUUGACAUAAUUACGGGCGUUUCAAGAGCCGUCCUUAUUACAUACGAGAGUUCACAGUAUAACCGGAGGACAUGUGCUGCCUUGCUUACUCGUGUUGAAAUUGCAGAAUGCGCAGUGAAAUCUUUGAUUCGCCAAAAAGAGGAACGAUUGAAGGAUUUUCGGAGUCAGAACUUUUACAAAUCGUUUGUGAGAUUCACCAGGGUUAUGGAAAAGAUUCAAAAAUUCGUUGAAAACAUCUCUCAACUUUCUAAAUUUAGAAGGUUCAUUAGUAACAUAUCGAUUAAAGAAAAUUUGAGCGCAAUAUUAUACGAUUUUGACGCAUGUUCUAACGAUUUGCAACUAUCGAUUUCGAUCAAUAUCAAAGAGCAAACUGAAAAGGACAUGGUCAUCCUCCAAAAUGAUCUUGAACAGAUGACCCAGUUUUUAGAAAACAUAGACCUUCACGUGACGGACAUCAUGAAGAAA